GACUGACGGGGCAGUCGAAGCCAUGGAGCGUGAGGUGCAGCGGCUUCGCCGGGCGUUCCGAUCCGGCCGUUCGCGGCCCCUGCGGUUCCGGCUGCAGCAGCUCCAGGCCCUGCGGAGGAUGGUGCAGGAGCGCGAGGCGGACAUCCUGGCGGCCAUCGCCGCCGACCUGUGCAAGAGUGAAUUGAAUGCAUACAGUCAGGAAGUCAUUACCGUCCUUGGGGAAACUGACUUUAUGCUGAGUAAUCUUCCCGAGUGGGUCAGCGCUAAGCCGGUGAAGAAGAACCUGUUCACCAUGAUGGACGAGGCCUACAUUCAGGCGGAGCCUCUGGGAGUCGUCCUGAUCAUCGGAGCUUGGAACUACCCGUUCGUUCUCACCGUUCAGCCGCUGAUUGGAGCCAUCGCUGCAGGGAACGCCGUGAUCCUCAAGCCUUCUGAACUAAGUGAACACACGGCUAAGAUCUUGGCCAAGCUGCUCCCUCAGUAUCUAGGCCAGGACCUGUAUGCUGUCGUGAACGGUGGCGUGAAGGAAACCACGGAGCUCCUGAAGGAGCGCUUUGACCACAUCCUGUAUACGGGAAACGCUGCCGUCGGAAAGAUUGUCAUGGAAGCCGCUGCCAAGCAUCUGACCCCGGUGACUCUUGAACUGGGCGGGAAAAGUCCGUGUUACAUCGAUACAGACUGUGACCUGGACACGGUCUGCAGGCGCAUAACUUGGGGGAAGUACAUGAAUUGUGGCCAGACCUGCAUUGCUCCCGACUAUGUUCUCUGUGAAGCAUCCCUGCAGAACCAGAUUGUGCAGAAGAUCAAGGAAACCGUGCAGAUAUAG